AUGCUAGGGGCCAUCCCAAGGGUGGUGGCGCCACAAGAGGCAGCGGCGCCGUCAGGGGACCUCCCAGGAUCGGCAGCGGCCCCGGGGGCUCUGCUAGGGGUGAUGGAAGCCCCGAGAGCCUUCCCAGGGGCGGCAAAGCGCCCAGGGCCCCUGCCAGAGGCGUUGCAGCGGCGCCCCCAGGGUGCGCUCGCAAGGGCAGUAGCCUCCCCAGGGGCCCUGAGCGGGGCGUUGGCGCACCUAAGGGUAUUUCCAGGGGCGGUGACGCCAUCAGACGGCCACCCAGAAGCGGCGGCGACCCCAGGGACCCUCUCACAGGCAACGGCGACCAAAGAAGCUCUACCAGAGGCGGCGUCGACCCCUGGGGCCCUCCGAGGGGCGUCAGCGAUCCCAGGUGCCAUCCCAGGGAUAGCGGGGACGCCAGGGUCCAUCUCAGGGGCAACAGGGAUCCCAGAGGCCCUCCCAGGGGCCCAUCAAGGAGCGGCGGCGCCACCAGGGGGCCCUCCCAGGAGUAGCGGAAUCCCAGGGGGUCUCACAAGGUUGGGAGAGCCCCCAGGGGCCCUACCAGAAGCGGUGGCGCGCCUAGGAGCCUUUCCAGGACAGCGGUGUUGCCAGGGAUCGUCCCAGGGGCAGCGGCGCCCCAAGGGGCCCUCCCAGGGGUUGCGUCGCCCCAGGGACCCCCCCAUGGACGGUGGCACCCCCAGGGGCCCUACCCGGGGCGGUAGCACCCGAACGGGCCCUCCCAGGGAUGAUGGCACCACCCGGGACCCUCCCAGGGGCAGUGCCACCCCCAGGAGCCCUCCCAGGGUAGGUGGCACCCCCAGGGGCACUUCCAGGGGCUGUGAAACCCCAGGGUUACUCCCUGGGGCGGUGGUACCCCAAGAGACUUUUCCAGGGUCAGUGUUUUCCCUAGGAGCACUCCGAGGAGCGGUGACAUCCCCCUGCGUCCCUCUCAAGGGCACCGGCUCCUCCAAGGGCCCUCCAACGGGCGGUGGCAUCCCCAGAGACCCUCCCAGUGUUUGUGGCACACCCAGGAGGCCCUUCCAGGAGCAAUGGCACUCCCAGGGGCCCUUCCAGGAGUGUUAG